AAGCAUAUACCUUCAUAACUUUGACCCAAAAAAUGUCAAUUCUUUCCAUUCUCCUCAUUUUUCUGUGCAUCAUAAUGUCCAACUUCAGUGUCAAUACUGAGGCAAAAACAUUCUCAUUCAAAGAAACAACUAUUGAUGAUAUUCAUAUAGCUUUCAAGCAAAACAGACUGACUUCUAGACAACUUGUUGAGUUUUAUCUAAGUGAAAUUCAAAGAGCUAAUCCAAUUCUAAAAGGAAUCAUAGAAGUGAAUCCAGAUGCACUCUUUCUUGCAGAUAAAGCUGAUCAAGAACGAAAAGAGAAAAUGCGCAGAUCAAUAUCUCUUUCCAGGCUACAUGGUAUCCCAAUUCUUGUCAAGGACAACAUUGCAACAAAAGAUAAGCUUAACACAACAGCAGGAUCAUUAGCACUUGUUGGAUCCAUUGUGCCACAAGAUGCUGGUGUGGUCAAGAAGUUGAGGAAAGCUGGUGCUAUUAUACUUGGCAAGGCAACUAUGACUGAAUGGGCUGCUUUCAGAUCUUGGUACUUGCCUAGUGGUUGGAAUGGUAGACUUGGCCAAGCUCUGAAUCCUUAUGUAGCAAGUGCUGAUCCAUCAGGAUCAAGCACUGGUUCUGCAACAUCAGUAGCAGCAAACAUGGCAGCAAUAGCACUGGGAACAGAAACAGCAGGCUCCAUUCUAUCUCCAUCUAGUGCUAAUUCAGUUGUUGGAAUCAAACCAACUGUUGGCCUCACAAGCAGGGCAGGUGUUAUCCCAAUAUCACAUAGGCAAGAUACUGUCGGGCCAAUCUGCAGGACAGUAACUGAUGCUGUCGAGGUUCUUGAUGCCAUCGUUGGCUUAGAUCAAGAUGACUUGCCAGCAACUAAAAAGGCUUCUGCUUACAUUCCACAUGGAGGGUACCGGCAAUUUCUUAAGGCUGAUGGGCUCAAAUACAAAAGACUGGGAAUUUCAAAGAACCUUUUUGGUUUCAAUGAUAUCAAAGUUUACCAACACCAUUAUAACACCUUAAGGCAAAAAGGAGCAGUGUUAGUUGACAACCUGGAAGUAUCUAACGUUGACUUGGUCAAAGAUGCUAUUUUUGUUGCUCAAAACAUAGCACUUCUUGCUGAAUUCAAGAUGGACCUAAAUGCAUAUCUGAAAAAGUUAGUCCACACUCGCGUCCAAUCAUUGGCUGAUGUUAUAGCCUUCAACAAGAUUUCAGCUUCGGAAAAAGUCAAAGAAUAUGGUCAAGAUGUGAUGUUGGAAGCUGAGAAGACGAAUGGAAUAGGGAAAUUGGAAAGGGAGGCAUUGAGGAACAUAACAAAAGCAUGCAAAUACGGGUUCGAGAAGAUGAUGAAAGAUAAUAAGUUAGAUGCGUGGAUGUCACCUGGUGCGGACAUUGCUAGUCUUAUUGCUAUCGGAGGUUAUCCAGGGAUCAAUGUACCUGCUGGUUAUGAUAAAAGUGGAGUUCCGUUCGGGAUUUCAUUCGUAGGACUAAAGGGUUCUGAGCCAACACUCAUUGAGAUUGCAUAUGGCUUUGAAAAAGCAACUCGUUUCAGGAAGCCCCCUCCUUCACAUCCUCGAUAGGAAUCACAUAUAUUCCAUUCAAUCUAGAAUGUGUCCACAUUCAAUAUGAUGUGUUAAUUAUUAAGUAUAAAAAUUCCAAAACAAAAUGUUGUCAGACGAAAAUAAUCAUAUAGUAACGUCGAUGAACUUUUUAUAUCUUCGAACCACAAAAGUUAAUGUCUAGCAAGAUUCAUACCUUCGAGAA